AUGGUCUUGGCCACCCGAAGAUAUUUGGCAAAUGCCGAGGGAUAAAUCAAAUUAAAAGCUUUUAUGUAAUUCGUGUUUCCUCAAGAAUGAGUCAGUAGGCAAUUAAGGGUGAAAUAAUCAAAAUACUUUACUAUAACGCUGGUUAUAAUUGGGAAUUCAAAUUCCUAGAGUCUUUUUCAUGGCUACCACAGCGGCUCCACCUACCGUUAUAACUGAUGAACAACGAAGAUGGGUUGUGACUGGAAUAUGUCUCAACAAACUUCUAACUCCAGUAUUAAGAAAUUUGCUUGGAAGAGAAAUUCCUGUUUGGUAUAAAAGUCUCUGCCUGCCACCAAGCUCAAUAAAUACACAGACUUUCGCAAAACACGAAAAAAAACUACAUCCCUCCAAUAUAACAUUAAAUUACGGCAAUAUUAAUAAGAAUUUUGUCAACCACAAAUCAAAGCAUAGUUCCUAUGAUUAUGCCGUCAAAGAUGCGAUAUCUCUCGCUAAGUUAUUUUUACAACCAUUCAUGGCAAAGUUCACUGGUUUUGACACAACCAUGGAUCUGUCAGCUGCGUUAACUCUUAUAUGUGAAUCUCACCCAUUUUACUCUUCCGGUGCAGCUGCUCAGGCAAAGAUAGUUCGUUCAGUUGUGAGAAAUGAAUGGGCGCAUUGUAAUUUUUCUCACUGGACGGAUGUAAAUUUCUUCGCGUGUAUACAGGAGAUCGAAUUACUUGUGAGGAAACUGAACAUGGCACCUGCUGAUGAAAAAGACUUUUUGGAUGAAUUGAAUAACUGGAAAAACAACGGUGUGCACCUUUGCUGUGGCCAGGCGGUUGACGCAGAUCUGUUAAAACUAAUCAGAAAUGAGUUUUCUCAACUUUUGCAUUCUGUGGAGUUAUGGCGAGAGGAAAAUCAAAAUAUCGAGGUACAAUUAAGAAAAGAGUUAAAUAACCUCGGACACCGGUUAGAAUCUCUUGAACGCCAUAUAGAUGAACGCCUAGAUUCGCGUGAUGAAAAAUCGCCUUAUCUUUUUAUGUUGCCGGACAGAGCAGAGUGGUUUUCUGGUCGAGAAUCUGAACUAAACAACCUGCACAGCCUUUUCAACGUCGGUGAUGAAGUCGAUGAACCUAAAGUUAAAAUUGUAUCUAUCUGCGGGUUAGGAGGAACCGGUAAAACAAGUCUUGCUGCUGAAUAUGCCCAUCGAAGGAAAGAUCGUUAUACUGGGGGAGUAUUUUGGUUCUCUGGCGAAAGUGAAGCUGCUUUUGCAAAGUCCGUAAAUGACCACGCAGCGUUCUUUGGAACUAUAACUGAAACAAAUCCUGAUGGAACCCUAACUCGUACCCUGAUUGAAAUUUCUAAAAUCCAACGACCUUGGCUCCUUGUCUUAGACGAUAUGGACGAAUACUCACUUUGCCACAACAUUAAGGUUCUGUUAUCUGGCCCGUGGAAACGUAGCGUGAGGGCAUCUGGUCAUAUCCUAAUAACCACAAGACGAAAACCAAAAUUGAUGAGUGAAACAAUUCCUCGAUUCCACGAGUCCGAGUGUCUUCAACUUGAAUGCUUCAAUGACAAAGAUGGUCUGCAGUUUAUUUCUAAAAGAACUGGCUUUUCUUUAGCUGAAGAAGCGGCAGUUUCAGCUUCUAGCCUGGUUAAGAUCCUUGGUGGACUACCGCUUGCACUGGAGCAGGCAUGCGCGUACAUCAGUCGUCUUCCCUGUACUCUCUCUGAGUAUUUAGAGCAGUACAAGAAGUAUUCCAUUGAACUGUUGCGUGCCGCUGAUGCAAGCCCUGCAUCCUUGUACGAAUCACAAGAAAGGUUGGCGGUUCGUACUACGUGGCUUCUUAAUUUUGAGUAUAUCAAGCAAAGUGAGAACGGCAGUUUUGCUGUUAGGUUCCUAAACGCAUGCGCCUUUUUCAAUCCUACUAAAAUACAGCAAGAACUUGUAAAUCCUGGAAAACCUCCAAUUGAAGACGACGGUUACCGUGACUACGUUGGCACCCCUCUGGGCUCAUUGCAUAUCUUGAAGUUGCUCUCCGACUUUUCCUUAUUCCGUAAAAAUAAGGAUUCUUCUCUUACUGUGCAUCGCUUAGUUUUGGAUGUUAUAAAAGGAAAACUCAGGUCUGAUGGUGAGGAAGUGUUGGCUUUGGUGGAUGCAAUAAGUAUGUUGUCUUUUGGUUUUUCGAAAUGCCCUUCUCCUGAUGAUUUAUUAUUACAUCAGGAUAUUAACACCCAACGUGAAAGAGUUUCCAAUCUUUCAAUUAAUCCCACUCUCUUUUGUUUGUGGCAAACGCUGUGUCUGCACGCACAAGAAGUGGUGACGAUUUUAAAGUCGUUUCAGGUUUUAGAUGAAAGAGUAAUUUUGCCGGAAACUGCGAAAAUAGUUUAUGAAUGUGCUCUUGAUCUUAAUGUUAGAAGCAAAGUUCUUGAUGCCAUGCGAUAUAUGACAUUUGCGCACAAAAUAAUGAUUCAUGUGAAAGAAGGAGGGGAUUUGGCAGCUCUCUUUCCCCAUAAAGUGCCUCUUCAUGAAAAUAUACGACGGUAUAUUUUCUAUUCGUGUAUGACACCCUACAUUACCACUGAUUCAACGUCUCCUGAUAAGCAAAAGCAAAAAGGUUCCAAACAUAAAAUGGAACAAAUGCAAAUUUUAGGAUAUAAACAUUUCGAGAAUGGCCAAUUUAACCAAGCCAUCGAAAUGUACACUUCUGCAAUGGCAGAAUUUACUCAGUUUGAUCCUGAACUUCUUCACAACCGCGCGGUAGCUUACAUGGGCUUAGAGCAGUAUGAGAAUGCCCUAACUGAUACAGAAAAUUACAUUUCACAGCGGCCAAAGUAUUGGCUAGGUUUUGCAAUUAAAGCAUUAGCUUUGCAUGGGUUGAACAGAGCUUGGGAAGCCAGCAGUUUUGCAGCUUUGGCGUUUUAUCAUAAUCGAAACAUAUUUUCUGAGUAUAAGCCUUUCAAGUUGACGUUUUCAGGACUGAAGGAUCGAAUACAAAUUUGUAACUCGUCCAGUCAACUUAAUAAGUGUCUUUCGAAUGUACUGUCCGGUUCUAAAGCUUCGCCUGAAAUCCCUGGUAAGAUAAUUUUGAUAGAAUCCGGCGUUUAUCGUGUGCGUUUAUCUUACGCAGUAUCAGUUGACAAUUGCAUUUUGCUCGGAACUGACAAAUUGACAUCGAGUGUAGAACUCAACUUUAAGGAUUUAAUUUGCAUUUUGGGAAAACAGGUUAUGGCUGCAAAUGUAUCUCUUGUUUUUUCUAAGGGUUACUGCAUAAGCACAUGUAUCUCGAUUUCUUCCUGGUAUAGCUGCUCAUUUACAUGUACCUUAGAAGAGGGUCCCUACACCUUUUAUUCCCUGGGGUGUGAUACGUUCAACGGCUGUUUCUUCAAAAAUAGCAAAAGUCCCGGUUUGACUGUUCAGGGCAAAGCAGAUGUUAAUCAUUGUGUUUUCUCAGGAGGUGAGUACUCAGGGAUUAAUGUGUCUACUGGUGGCUGUGUAAAUGUUAAAGGGAGUGAAAUACAUGGCAAUGAUAUUGGUUUGUACUUUGCCCGGGAACCUCUCUCUUGUACUGUUGCAUAUUGCAAUAUUCUUGAUAACAAACGCCAUGGUAUUUAUGUAACACUCGGCACUUCUAAUGUCAGCAUAGAUAAUUGUCGAAUAUACCACAAUGAUCACAAUGGCGUUUUUCUUGAAGAAAGUUCCUCCGCUUCCGUUUCCAACUGUGAGAUUUUCGAAAACGGGUGGCAGGGCAUUUCCACAAUUGGUAACAGCCGUUGCACUGUUCUUCGGAAUAAGAUAUAUGGAAAUAAGUCUGGGGGUGUCCAAGUGGUUCCGGUGGACCAACGUAAGCCAGUACCUCCGUCGAUUGUUAAAGAAAAUGAGAUAUUUGACAAUCAUGGAUUUGGAAUAUAUUGCGAAAUGAUGUACGAAGACACACCAUCCGACACAAGCCUGAGUUUGAGUAAAGAUGCCUUUGUCGAGUAUAUACGUUAUCUUCAAAAUAGCGGAAAAUUAUUGAAAGCAGAAUGCAUUGAGAACACUUGUUAUGAAAACGAAUCCACCUGUUCAUCAAUUUCCACAAAUGAUAUAACAACUUAUGUUGAUUUUUGCUCUCAUUGUCGUAAGAGAUGUUCCCACACAUGCCGCAAUUGCUAUUUUACCGCUUAUUGCAAUAAAGAAUGCCAAAAGAGCGAUUGGAGAAAACAUAAAAAAGAAUGUCGCGCUAUUUUAGAAAGAUCUACCAUUUGCAUUUCUACUUCUCCGGAUAGCUGUAUGAUUAUAGAACACAAUAUGUACGUCCCAUCUUUCUCACCUCAGCAUCCUGGUGUUGAACCAAAGGGACCAAUGCAUGCUUGCAAACCUAAGGCUGGGGAACGAUUCUUGGUGAAGAUACUAGCAGCCGACGAUAAAUGGCAUGUGAAUGUAGACGGACCUAUGUUCUCUAUUUGCGAUCGCAGCCUGACUAUAAAUGGUCGCAUUGAUCACAGGCGUUAUCCCGAACUAUACAACAUCAUCUUGCAAUGUGGUGUGAACAGUACCCUUGUUCAGGGUUGGAAAAAGAAAUUUUUCUGGGCGUUGCUUCAUGAAAAAGACCAGGGUAUGCUUCGUGUAUUCAUUACCGAGUUGCCGAAAAAUGAGAAUUGGUGAACACUGGGUUUUAAAGUUAACAUGAAAAUUGUAAAUUCCAAGAAGUCAUGAACUUACUGUACGUCACCUUUAUUUGAACACUCGAGGAAACAUGGUUAAUCGAUUUUUUACAAUUAAUUUUCACUAGAAAGUAAAAAUUCAGUCAGUCAAUCACAGCGGUUUUGUGCACUUACUUACCAUGUCGCUGAUAGACAUGCAUGCUGUUCUUAGUUAAAUGUCGGAACCAUUGGCUAAUUUCUGCUAUAAAACAGUACUAACAACAUGUAACAUCAUGUCUGCAUGUCAGAUAUAUGGCUGAAAUGAAAAACUUUAACGAAGCCAUCGAAAUGUAGCCUAUUGGAUUGGCAUAAAUUACCUACAGCUUAUACAAUUUACUAGCUUAUUAUUCAACCGUAUAUAGCUUUCUGUAUUAGGGUACAAGCCACUCAGAUAUAUACUGAGAUUGAAGAAUGCAUCUCCCUUUGGAGAUGCAUCUCCCCCGGACGUAAAAGUCUAAAUCCUUUUGUCUAAAUGUCAUAAUUGAAGUUUUAGUAAGAACUUUUGACCCAUGUGUAAAAUAAUAAAAAUUUAGAAACAUUUAAAGUUUUCCACGGGUAAAGAAUCACGUAAGUGGAAAGCAGCCUUGAGAACGUUUGAAAAACUACACGUAAUGGCCAUGGCCAAUGGUUCGAAUUAGUUUUUCACCCUUUCACAUCGAAUUUAGGCUUCCACCAAACAAUAUCAAAUUAAGUUUAGAGUUCAACAUGGCCGUCCUUAGCUUCAGUUAUUUAUUAUAUAUUGUAGAUGCCUGCUCCAGUUUUAGAAUAUAUCAGUGGUAUGCACUCUGUGGUUGUUUUUGUCAAAAAAUGUUUAGUUUAUAAACAGUUAAAUGAUCGAUGACGCUAAAUGAAUAAAAUAUUCUAUUCAAUUUUGUAUUCAUAUUAUCCAUUUAAAUUACCACAAUUUAUUAAUAGUUUUAUCCAUGUGAUGAAGAUAUUGAAAAAAUGAAGUGAAUUUAAGAAGUGCUAGGCCUAUAUUUAUAUUAUAUUCCCUUGUCAAUAGAUGUUCCACUAGCACUCAGUUUCUGACCUGCAAUAAUAUAAAAUACGUUGAUUCUCAACUUUAUCUAUACUUGGUAAAAAUACAAUGACUGCCUAUUAGAAUGACACAUUAUAUAACUUGUCACGUUCAUUAUUUAAGGAUCAAUGCACUCUGCAUGUGAGAAAUUUUAUUACUAUGUCAGUCUUUAGAAAUUUAUUGUUUUCACAGUCAAUGAACACCAAAAUAUUAUCAUAGGAGGACGAAUUGUUAGGCUGGUUACGCUACUGCUUGCAUAUGCGUCAAGAACCCUCUCACUUCGCGAACAGAAAUACUCAACAACCGAAAAAGAAGCAUUAGCUUUUGCUUUUGACACAGCUCAUGCAUU